AUGAGGAACCUGGGAACCAGAGCUGGCCAGAGAAGUCCUAUUCAUCCAGCUUUCCAUAUACUUAGGUUGAACCAUCCCAGUGUAGUAAGAGCCUGUGAAGUUCCUGAGGAGAUGAACUUUCUGGUUAACGAUGUUCCUCUUCUGGCAAUGGAAUAUUGUUCAGGGGGUGACCUCCGGAAGUUGCUAAACAAACCGGAAAACUGCUGUGGACUUAAGGAAAGUCAAAUACUUUCUCUGCUUAGUGACAUUGGGUCUGGGAUCCAGUAUUUGCAUGAAAACAGAAUUAUACACAGAGAUUUAAAGCCUGAAAACAUUGUUCUUCAGGAUGAAGGUGGGAAGAUUGUUCACAAAAUAAUAGACCUGGGAUAUGCAAAGGAUCUGGAUCAAGGAAGUUUAUGCACUUCAUUUGUUGGAACUUUACAGUAUUUGGCUCCAGAACUCUUUGAGAACAAAUCCUACUCAGUUACUGUUGAUUACUGGAGCUUUGGGACAAUGGUGUUUGAGUGCAUUGUAGGAUUUAGACCUUUCCUACACAACCUACAGCCCUUCACCUGGCAUGAAAAAAUCAAGAAAAAGGAUCCCAAGCACAUCUUUGCUUCUGAAGAGAUGAACGGGGAGGUUCGCUUUAGUACCCAUUUGCCACAGCCUCACAGCCUCUGUGGUUUAAUUGUAGAACCAAUGGAGAAUUGGCUGCAACUGAUGCUGAAUUGGGAUCCACAGCAGAGGGGUGGAGGUUUAGAUCCUGAGACCAGUAGUCCCAAGUGUUUCCUAAUAAUGGAUCACAUUCUGAAUUUGAAGAUAGUUCACAUACUAAAUAUGACUUCUGCCAAGAUUGUUUCAUUUCUCCUGCAUCCCGAGGAAAGCCUUCAUUCCCUUCAGAUUCGGAUUGAGUUUGAAACUGGAAUAAGUACUGGGAAUCAGGAACUGCUUCUGGAAACAGGGAUUUGUCUGGAUCCUCGGAAACCUGCUUCCCAGUGUGUUAUUGAUGGCGUUAGAGGCUGGGAUAGCUACAUGGUCUAUUUGUUUGAUAAAAGCAAAACUGUCUAUGAUGGACCCUUUUCUUCUCGGAGUCUGUCGGACUGUGUCAAUUACAUUGUGCAGGACAGUAAAAUCCAACUUCCAGUUCCUCAGCUGCGUAAGGUGUGGGCAGAAGCAGUUCACUACGUGAUUGGGCUGAAAGAAGAUUACAGCAGGCUUUUUCAGGGCCAGAGAGCUGCCAUGCUCAGUCUGCUUCGGUAUAAUGCCAACCUAAUCAAGAUGAAGAACAACAUGGUGUCAGCAUCCCAGCAACUGAAAGCAAAGCUGGAAUUCUUCCAUCAAAGCAUUCGCCUCGACCUGGAGAAAUACAGUGACCAGAUGGCUUAUGGCAUAUCUUCAGAAAAGAUGCUCAAAGCCUGGAAGGAGAUGGAAGAGAAGGCCUCUCAAUGUGCACAGGCUGAAGAUAUUGGAUAUCUGGAUGAGCAGAUCAUGGCUCUGCACACAGAGAUCGUGGAGCUUCAGAAAAGUCCAUACGCAAGGCGCCAAGGAGAGGUCAUGGAGAGCUUGGAGCAGAGAGCCAUAGACCUGUACAAGCAGUUGAAAACAAGACCUCCAGACCAUGCCUACAGUGACAGCACAGACAUGGUGAAGAUCAUUGUGCAGACAGUACAGAGCCAAGACCGAGUUCUCAAGGAGCUCUUCGGCCAUCUCAGCAAGCUGCUGGGCUGUAAGCAGAAGAUCAUUGACCUGCUUCCAAAGAUUGAAGUGGCUCUAAAUAACAUCAAGGAAGCAGACAGCUUAGUGAUGCAGAUGCAGGGCAAAAGGCAAAGGGAGAUCUGGCAUUUGCUGAAAAUUGCUUGUACUCAGAGCUCUUCUCGAUCACUGGUGAGCUCCAGUCUGGAAGGGACAGCCUCAACUCCAGCAGCCACCUGGCUCUCACAGGGCACCUCAGGGAGCGUGCCUCACCCUCUGUCAUCUGUGGCAACUCCUGAGGAUGGGGACAAUUUUGUCCACGUGAUAGAAGAGAAUGUGUAUUACCUCGAACUCUUUAGCAGUAUUUUGCAGGAGGCAAGACGGGAGCAGAGCAACAGUGUGAUGAGUUUUGACUGGAGCUGGCUGAAAUAG